AAGAUGCCACAAGAUGGCACCAAGCCCUGUCUAAAAAGUGUGCUUUGGCGCCAUCUUGUGGCAUCAAAAGGCAAUCAUAAACCUCUUGAUGGGGGGGCGGGGGAUUACUUGCGUUAUUCUGUUGUAUGAAUGGCAACAGGAUGACAUGCAGGUUAAUUGAACACCAUCAGAAGAACAUUUUAUUGUUCUGUCUGUCACAAUACAUCACUGGCAUAGAUAGAUCAACAAAGGUAAAUUAUUUGUUGUAAUUCAUUUCCAAAUCAAGUAAGUGAAAUUGCCGCGGCUCAGUAGUUUGCUAUCACUGGUCUACCUCACCGACAUCCACAACAUUUAACUGGCCACCCAGCACUGGUAAUGCCAUUAUUCUCCGGAUCUGCCUCGACUGGUCAAAAUUUAAUCCACAUUUGUUAACAUUUUAGAAAACACCUCUGCCUACAGACUCAAACUGCCUUCAACAUGCUGUCUGCCCAUUUUCAUUUCGCUGUCGUGUUGAAACGUUGCAUAACUAAAACAAUCACUUUUCAGGAACUACACAAACAGUUGGUUUGUUGAGCCAUGAAAGGUGAAGUCAACCCCCCAAAAUACUUUAACAGCGUGCCUUCACUAGUCUAAACACGGCAUCCCAAUUAAUAUUGUGCUUGUGUAAUAUGAAUUAAGCAGCAAACCUCACCCAUUUCACUCAUUUCGGAAGGUGGCCAUUUUGUCACUUUUGCCGGCUGAAAAUCACGUCGCAGUUGCUCGUGGCUCAGGUAAUGACCAGUCAUGGCUAAGCUACAGAAAACAGGUGGGCCGUGAUUGGUCGUUAUCUGAUCCCUGAGCGACUGUGAUGUCAUCAGUCGACCGCAGGUAGCAAAAUGGCCCUCCCGUCAGAUGGACAAAAACGGUUGGAUUUUUACUGCUCAGAUCAUAUUGCACAGACGCUAGACCAGUGGGGUUGCAGAAAACAUAUUCCCGUAAAGAAAAUGGUUUGGUUGACUUCCCCUUUAAUUGCAUCGCCAAAGACUGCAAACCAAUUUUUGACGCUCAGUAAAUUGGCAAAGUAUCAAACGUGGAGAUUUAUAUAGCAGGGAUGGACUGUAUACAUUUUGGACAAAAACGCAUGAAGUCAUUUCUGCAAAUGGUGCAGAGAGUUGUUGUGCUAUUUUGUCUGGUAGUCAGUUUAUACUGAUCAUAUCCAGAAGACAAUGCCAGCACGAUAAAUUUGGUAAAAAUGUCAGAACAGAAAUGAACCAAGUUGGCAGCAUGACGAAUGGUAACUCUCUAGUACUUAUGUUUUUAUCAUUUGCCUUUGUCUUUGCUGACCAUGGUUUACUCCGCUUAAAAUUGUCUUGAUGUGAGGGGUGGGGGGAGCUGAGGGGUGGAGGGAGCAAAAUUGACCAAAUUUGAAAGUUCAGCAGGCAACGUCAAUCUAGAGUUUGGUUUUAAACUAAAAUGAGGAAAUGUUUCUGUUUUUAUUUAAAAUAAGAUAAUCACAUUUAAUAUGAAGCGUUAACAUCUCAGGUCAGAAUUUCUCAUGUGUAUUCAAUGAAAUGCAUGCAACUUCUCAUUUUGUCAACUCAAAUAGGUUCCGCACUUGCUGACUUUUAAAUUGAGAGGGACCCCACACACACAAGAAAAACGUGUGUGCUUAGUAAAUACGGAGGAAAUUUGCUCUAAUUUGUACAGAUUGUCUUUGUGUGCCCUUGCAAAACAAUUUUGCUUUUUGCUAAACGUAUGUGGAGGUACAGUAGUGUUUUUUUUAAUCGGACAUCAUGCUUAGUCUACGUUCCCAGUGGGGGGAAAAUGGUUCUCCAACUUCGCCUCGUUUUAGCUAUGACCCUCUUAAAUGUUAGACUCGUUUAUUUCUCAGCUGUGUUUCGGUCUUGGUGGAGGUCUUCCGUUACGCACGCACGCACACACACACACGACUGAAAACUACGUGAACGCAAGACACGUAGCGACGGAACUGGCCAACUUGUUACGUGACACUGACUUUCAAACUCUCGUUUGAAAAUAAUAGGAAACAGUAUUGAAUUAAAACUUGGAAAUGCAAAAACUAACAUUUUAACAUGCCUAAUUUUUAUGCAAGACAAAAAUGAAAGUCAAAGUCCUCGUCUUUUGAGGAUUCCCAUCAAAGUCCUUUCCUCUGUGGCACUUUGAGUUCAAUUUCUUGUGUCGUGCCUGUCGAGGGACGAUGAACCUUCCUCAUCCCCCAAAAGAAUAAUUGUAAGAAAAAGGAAAAAAAAGGAAAAAUACAGGUGCUCGUCAAAAAAUAAUAAUAAUAUGAAAAAGUUGAUUUAGUUCAGUAAUGCUAUUUAAAAUGUGAAACUUGUGUAAUGCAAACAUUCAUUCUACACUGAAUGACACAUUUCAAGUGUUAAUUCAUUUAAAUUAAAACGAGCACCUGUAUCUUUAGAUGCUCACUAAGAUGGAGAAUUGUUUCAUGAUAGUUUGACUUUCGAGGCUUUUUUGUUUAGAUUUAUUAUCAUGGGUCGGGCGUUUGGAACCCCAUUAAGUUUUCAACUUGGCGUUCUGUGAUGUCCCCCCAGACCGCCAGGGGGCAGUGCUGAGAUCACGGAAUAUUUGGCGUUUCACUGUUGAUUUUUCUUGACUUGAUUUUCCUGAGAUGGUAAAACUUGAAGUGAAUUUUUUGUUUCGGUUUGUGUGCUUAUUUCAUUUCAAGGAGAUGGCAAAUAAUGGUGCUGUCAACAAAAGAGACUUAAUUUUCUGUUUACUAAAUUGUAAUUUUUGUUGUGAAUUUGAAUAAUGUGAAAAUGUUGACACUUGUUUCAAGUUUUAUGAGGAGAACGUCGCUCAGUACCAGGUUGCUGCCAAAAAGUCAUGUCAGGAUUUUCUUGUUUUAAUGUGAACUGCUGCGAUUUUUGUUGUCAUUUUUCACCUUGCCAUUUCACAAGUUCUCAUCACUACUCUUCCAAGAAUGUUGCACACCAAACAUUACAUAACUGGAUUUACUUGACUUUUUCUGCAGUGUUGUGUCACAAGUAAAAGCUACAGACAGUAGUGUUGUGUUUGUGUCAUUAAAAAAAGUAGGAUUUUGAAGUAGAGUUAGGGUUUCAGGGGACGUUUUUAAGUCUUGUUUCAAAGUGCCUCAAAGUUGCUGUACUGCUCGAACAGCUUCAACAACCGUUGACAUAAAAAAAAAAAAUCCAAAAUACUGUCACGCCAUCGUAUGUGGUUGAAGGACUUUAUAAUUAAAACACAAGGGACUGCACAUGCAUUCAUUCAUUCGAGAGCACUUUCGGCCGGGCACAACUCAGGCCUGGUCACUGCAAACGCUGUCUGGUAAAAGUGAACAUUCAAGUUUACAUGUCCUGAGAUGUUCCUCUGUAUGACAUCACAGCCACACUCAUAACAAAGCAAACAAAACGCAACGUUUAGAUUGGCACGCUUAUUUACGAAGACCCCUACAAAGCAUGCUGAGAAGUCACCGCAUUGUCGCACAUAUUUAACGACAAAUAAUUCCGAUUCCAAUAAAUUUCCGUUCUAAUUUUGCAGUCAAUUCAGCUCUGGGGUUGUGGGCAGGAGGGGGCGAGUCAGUGCAGUUGUAGUAGUAGGUCUUUAUGUCAGCUUAUUGCCAUGACAACGUCUUUAGGCCUCGCUCUGAUUGGUUGACAGUUUAGCUCUUCCGCAGGUAAGCACGAAGAGCGAGCUGAGGAGCACUUUCGCCACAUACAAGGAGCAAGCGAGUACAUGGAGCGCAAACGAUUUACAGAGUGACACUGCCAUUUGGAUAAAAUGCCAAAGAGUGACACCUGGCCAGGUGGGACUGGACUGGAUAUGUUGGCUGGAGUGGACAGCGCGGGGAGCUGUGACAGCGUUGUCAGCGGACAUUCCGUUUUCAGUGAUGAUAGUCUGGGCCACUUGUCUGCUGAGGAGAAAGCCUGCCUCAUGUUUUUGGAGGAGACCAUCGAGUCCUUAGACACCGAGGACGACGGCGGACUGUCCGACAACAAAGUGGACCUCCUGCCCGGAGGCCCCGCCAGUCUGGCCUCCAGACUGGCGGACCUGUCAGCCUGCAUGAGGAAAACCAAGCUCAACGGUCUGCAAAAGCACAGCUCUAUGGAAACCAUCAGGGAAAAAGUCGAGAACAAACCCAUCCAGAACUACCUUGUGCCAACACCUUACGUUUUGGCCAGCAGCUCAAAUUGUUCUGAACCAAAAGUCAAAGCUGGCCUUCGGCUAAACCAAAAGAAGUCGUUUUCAUUCGGCAACAGUUCCAGCCAGAAGCCCGCCGGCGUUCACGUACCUUCCGAUGUCAAUGUCAAGACACCUCCUGUAAUCAAAUCCAAAGACAACCUGGUGAAGACAGGCGAAAGGGGACCUUUAUCCUAUGAUGCGCUUGUUUACCUGCGGAGGAGCGCCUCCACAAAGAAAACACCCUUAUGUCCCACAGUCGAUCACACCAUAGACUUGGUCCGACGUCCUCCGGUCAUCAUAGAAAGUUCAAACACCGCCAACGUCGGAAGGUCCGACAAAGCCAUCUUCGAAGCCGGCGGCUUUACGACAGGCCCGCUACCCGUUGCUCCAAAACCCAAAAGGAUUCCUUCAAAUAUCUCCGUGAAGACGGAAAAGGAAGCGGCCCCUGCCUCAAACUCAUCCCACGGUCUGAAGAACGCAACAGAUCCUGAAGUGGUCAGACAGGAAGCUUUGCUGAAGCUCGGCCUCCUCAAAGACCCACAGUCAGAAACUGCUCGACUGGCCCGACCGCAGCUCCCGAAGUCUUACUUGUCUGCGGACGACAGAUUUUCCAAAACUCCCUCAAUCGUCGGCCCAUUGAGAAGCCCCUCUUUUUGCCACGCCCCAGGGGCCCCUGCGCCCAGGAGCAAGGAGCUGCAGAGUAGUGCUAGUUUCCACCACUCAUCCAGGAGAAGCGACGGAUCGGCCACGUCGCUCCCCCAUCCCGCCAAACCCAACAGAUUGACCACUACCCUGCUCAACCACAAACAUGAGAUGAAUCAUCCCGAACCGAAACUCAAAACGGUCCUCGAGGAUGAGCCGGCCGCCCCCAAAGCCUCAAAUUCGGUGCCGUACACGGUGAUGAUGGUGCCCGGAAUGGGUGCAGACAGAAAAGAGGCUCUCAGGAAAUUGGGACUGCUCAGAGAUGAACCACACAAGUAAGCAGAGCAGCGGACGGGAAGGAUGAAGAGGAAGAACUUAAAGCAGCUCUUUCCAUGCUCGGUCUUUUUAUCUAGUUUUUUUCCCUCAACAGUGUCCUGUGUUGCGUUGCAGCUCAAGUAGCAUUGAUUGUUUGCCAGCAGAGCACUUAGGCUCCAAGGGAACGUUUACAGGACUUUUACAUUCCUUGACAAAUUCUGGAUCCCUGCCUGUGCCUCAAAUUGGACAUCGGCUCAAGUAAAGGUUACAGCUUCUGAUUUCAGUACUUCUGUUAUCGUCUUAAGUUGGGUGCACACAUUCUGAUUUUUAACAUCUUAGCCGUUUUUUUUUUUUUAAUAUGAGCGACCCUGUAAAUAUUGAACACAUGUAGCAUUCAAGAAUUCAGCUCUGACCAUGUUUUCCAAACAGAUCAGUGAGGAAAAACAAAUCCAAACAAUACCUCACACCGAUCAUUCAUGAUCAAUUUUUAAUGAACAUCUCAGUUCCCAAAAAUCAGAUUUUUCUGGCUAUUCCUUGAUGGGUCAGGCAUUAAAGGGUUAAGAGACAUCCAAAAAUUGGGCCUUUUCUUUGAUUUCAAGGGAGGGAAAAUGCUCAGAUUUGGACUAAUUGCCAGUAUGUGUCUUUCACACUGAAAAAUAGAAAUGACAAUUUCUACCUUGUCUUUUUCACACACGGACAAGAAAAAUAAAAUGUUUGACUGCA